AUGAACAAAAGUCCCGAAGCUAGACAUGGCGUGAGACGAAGCAUAAUAACAUUUUUGAACGGUUAUGGCAUCCAAAAGACCUCAGGCAUAAUGCGAUAUGCCACCCAGAACGAUGAUCUGGUCCUAACUUGCAGAUUCAUUCCAGCACACAGCGAGUCAGUUUCACCUGUUCCCGACGUCAUCCAAGGCCUGUGCCACUUUAUCAGACAAAACAGACACGUAGAAUUCCUGUUUAGAUUACAAGGUAACGUACAACACUUUAAACAAAUUAUCAGGAAGAUCGAAAAGGGAGACCCUUUAGAUUAUACCCAGAUUCAACCUGCUGACGCAGCCGCGAUUAUCAAACAAUACUUGAUACAACUUUCCCGACCACUUAUCCCCAAAGUGUACCAUACAGUCUUCUUGGAAGCAAAUGUAACAGAAGACAGAGAAAUAGCCUUACUAGCUGCCACAGUUUUGUUACCCGCUAGCCACAUCCAAGUACUAAAAUACAUGAUGCAGUUCUUCAACAGUGUCGCCAAAUACAGCGAAGUCAACAAGAUGGAUCCAACAGCUCUGUCGGUGUGUAUAACACCUAGCAUCUUACCGGUGGUAGAUACUGAUAAAAUAAUAGACGCUGUGGAUUCAGUUAAAACUUUGAUCGAGCAUUGUGAUAGAAUAGGAAUAAUUCCGGAAAAGAUUCCUCUGUAUGAUGAGGAAGGCAGAAAAGAAUGUUGUUGUAUCGUUUUGUGA